GUGGAAAAAGCAAAUGUCUCAAAUAAUUCCGACCUAUGCUAAUUCCCCCAACCCAAAUUAUUUCGCCAGCUACAUGGCCGACCUAUGCUCUGAUUCUCAUUUGCUUUCUCUCUCUCUAGGGUCUUCCAUUUGAGAUCUCAAACGGCGGCCGAUUCACGGGUUAACCAUGCCGGUACACCGUCACUUACCUUUUGUUUUGACCCGACCAGUCGUCGAUCUUACACGGCGAAAAAUGAUGGUUGGUGGCCACCAUCUGCGGUAUGCAUUGUUUCAUCUCUUCCACUCUGAAUUCCAAAAUAUUAAUUUUCUUGGUAUUUGUAUGUUCAUAUAAACCAUUGUUCUUAAUUUUCAUGAUGAUUUCUUAGAUCUGUCUUUUUCUUCUCUUGAAAUUUCUGGAUUUUAGUAUGUUCUUACAAAAAUUCCAAAGAAACUUAAUCGAUUUAUCUUUAAAUUUGUUUUAAUCAUUUUUUAAGGUGUGUUUUGACAUGCAAGUCUAGAUCUAUUUUUUUUUUGUAAAAAUCUAACAAAAACCCACAUGCAAUUCAAAAAGCAUGAAUUUGAAAGUAGCAUAAACAAUUAUUUGAAUUUUAUUUCCAAAUCUUGACAAAUGAGGAAGGACUAAGAGUCAACGGACCGAUUUUUCAUUUUGUAAACCUCUUUUCCUAUAUAAGAAUUCUAAUCAUUUAUACCUUUUUGUACGUUUUUUUUAUCAUGGAGUAAUUUACUCGAAAUAGUUUUUUUUUUUAAAUAUAUGAUUGUAGAUGAAAAAUAUCAUUUGUUCUAAACGCAUCAGAACAAAGGGAGUAUUUAUUAAUUUGAACAUAGAAUAAUUGGAGCAAAAUAACAUGAGUUUUGUUGAGAGGUUCAAUUAUUUCUAUCUGUUAAUUGAUUUGUUUCAUCUUCCACAUUUUUUUCUGAAAGAUCUUUAAAUUUCUGUGAAAAUAGUAUUUAAUAAGUAUAUAAAAAACUAUUUGAGAUUUGAAUCCUAAACUCAUACUCCGUAGAUUUUUAACAUUGUUUUUCAGAGAACAUGCCCUUCAUCAGUUUUAAAAAAAGUACAAAGUAUCAUAGUUUUAAUUUCUAAUGCAUUGAACAAUGAACAAUGCACCAUUCAUAGUUUUUUUAGAAUAUCUUUCAAAUUUGAUAAGCUUAUAGGAAAUACCCAGUAAUGUACUCUGUAGUUUAUUGAAGUCAUUAGUGCAGAUGCACACUCGAGUAAUUUUUUUAAUCCUCUACUCUGUAUUUCUUCAAAACUGAAAUAGAAUUGUGUAGUGUUUCUUGGUGAACUAUCAUCCAAGUUGUGCCUUAUUGUUUGUAUCUUUAACGGUAAGCCUUUAACCAUUAUCCACUUGGCUUGAAUUUUGGAGUUCGAUCCAUGUAUAUUAUUCCUGCAAUCACAUAGCAAAAAAAAAUCAGAGAAUCAUUGCUAGGAGAAAGAACAUUUAAUAAUGGAUAGAAGAUAAAGUUGCAAACCUUGAAGUUGGAAGGAGAUUGCUUAUGGCUGGAUUAUGGAUGUUGAAAAUGGUUCAUUCAAUUAUAUGCACUCCAAGCUGGCCAAAAUGCUCGUCGCCUCCGGUUGUCCGUUCAUGCUGCCGCCUCGUAAAAAAUCUCCGGCAAAGAUCGGGAAUUUUUGCUCGGAUCAGAAGCUUAAGUUUUGCAUCAUCUGCCUCUUCUGAUUCCAUAGACGCUUCUUGCUCUGCCUCCUCUAAUCGGGCCAUUAAAUAUGAGCGUUUGCUUCCUUGCCCCUCACAGAAUUUCCCACCCAGAGUUGAACACUUAGUUGUUAUGAGGGAAGGGCCUGUCAUGGAGUACAUUAGUGAAGCAUUGGAUUUGCCUCAACUACCUUAUUCAUUUCGGAGCUGUAUAUUAUGCGUUAGUAUGUCCAAAGCCACCUCCCACUGCAACAUCUGAGCAGAUUCGUUUAUAUGAAGAAGUUACUGCUCCAUCAGUUUUAAAGAAGAGAGCCUCGGUUAAAGGUAAAACAUUUAGGGAAGCACAGAAAACUUUCCGUAUUACUUCUGCUCGCCACAUCCUUGAACCUGGAACUUACCUGCGGGUGCAUGUACACCCAAAACGCUUUCCUAGGUGCUAUGAGAUCAAUUGGAAGUCUAGAAUUCUUAUUGUGGCUGAAAACUAUGUGGUUUUGGACAAACCUGCGGGUACAUCUGUCGGAGGAACAACAGACAACAUUGAAGAAAGUUGUGCUACAUUUGCUACUCGUGCAUUAGGAUUAACAACUCCUUUGCUCACUACCCAUCAGAUUGAUAAUUGUACUGAAGGAUGUGUUGUGUUGGCUCGAACAAAGGAGUACUGCUCGGUAUUCCAUGGAAAAAUUAGGGAAAAAAAGGUGAAAAAGCUUUAUCUUGCUCUUGCCAUAGCUCCUGUUCCAAUCGGAAUAAUGACACAUUACAUGCGUCCUAUUAAUUCAGCCCCAAGAAUAAUUUCUGACGAGUUUGUAAAAGGAUGGCAAAUGUGCAAACUUGAGGUCUUGGAAUGCAAGAAGAUACCCUGGCCCCGAAGUUCAAUUGAAAGGGAAUAUGGUAUUUACGAUUGUGGAGCCCACUCAAAGGAUUUUGCAUUUGAAUGUAAAGUUAACCUUGUGACUGGUCGAACUCAUCAGAUUCGUGCCCAAUUAGCAGCCUGCUUUGCACCUAUAGUGGGGGAUUCAAUGUAUAUGCCUGCUGCUAUGGCUGAGAUGGACAGUCCCGGGUGCAACCCGUACGGAAAUAACAAAAAAGAAUAUGCAAGUGAGAGUGAUAAAGCAUUAGCUGUUGAAGAGUGGAUUGCACAACAUGGAAAGGAGCCUAGUAUUGCUGUUGGUCUUCAGGCUUGCGAAAUUUCAUGGGAUGGUGGAGAGUACCUUUAUGAGGCCAGGUCUCCCUGGUGGAGAUUAUGACUCUUGUAGUUGAUGUUAAUAGCCUCAUUACCUGGCUAUGUCAAAACCUUUUUCUUUUUGAGGAAAGUGUUGUGCAAUGGUUCGUGUUGAUAACAUUACUCAUGGAGCCAUAGAGAAUGAAGUCCCACAUCAACUAAGGUUUAACACCUUGUGUUGGACUCUUGUUGCUUGCUUGUAGGGUCUAUUUAUUUAUUUAUUGAGGGUGGAUGGGUUAAGGCUGUGGCCAGAUUCUGACAAUAGUG